AUGAUCUCCAAGUCCUUUGACUUCCCUGUCCUUAGCGACACCAAGCCCACUGACCACUCCCUACCUGCCUUCAUGGUCUCGACUACACGUGGCUUUCUCCCCCGUCAAGACCCUAUCGUUACACUGCCCAAGGAGUUUGCUGCUGCGGAAUCCCUCCUCCAACGCAUGCCCAUCAAGACAUUGUCAGGCGAACCUGGGCUUCUUUCGAACUUCACCUUCGGGGAGACGUUGUUGAAGGAGCUCCCUGACCUCAGUGCAGAGGUAGAGAAGUACAAGGAUGACCUUGUGGUGAUGAACGCCCUGUAUCGUGACUAUUCCUUCUUGGCAUCGGCGUACUUGUUUGAACCGUGUCAUGAGAGGUUCAUGAGGGGAGAGGAGUAUGGCUUGGGUAGGCAAAGUUUGCCGAGGUGUAUUGCGUUGCCUAUUGUCAAGGUUGCUGAGCUUGCUGGCUUCAAGCCUUUUAUGGAGUAUGCUGGCUCGUAUGCUCUCUUCAACUACCGAUUUGAAGAUGCUUCCAAGGGACUCGAGUAUGAUAACCUUCGUUUGAUCCGUGCUUUUGAAUGUGGACUUGAUCCCACUUCGUCAGAGGCUGGCUUUGUACUUGUGCAUAUUGCCAUGGUCAAGGAAUCUGGCGCGUUGAUCAAAGGUGCUGUCGAGACAUUGGAGGGUUGCAUAGGCGAGGACCGGGAACGAUUCGAUGACGGUCUGCGCACAUUAGUCGGUGGUAUGACCAAGGUCAACGAAGUCAUGAACACAAUGUGGAAGCGCAGCAAACCAUCAGGCUACACCAGCUUCCGUACUUUCAUCUUCGGCAUCACAUCUCAGUCCAUGUUCCCCAACGGCGUCAUCUACGAAGGCGUAAGCGAGGAACCACUGUCAUUCCGCGGAGAGUCCGGCGCAAACGAUAGCAUGGUCCCCAUGUGCGACAAUCUGCUUCAGAUUUCUAUGCCAGAGACGCCACUCACAGACAUCCUGAAGGACUUCCGCCAGUACCGUCCUGGAAAUCACCGGGAUUUUCUCGAGGCAGUCCGUGACACUGCUCAGCAGGCUGGUGUCCGUAAGUUCGCAAUGGGCGAUCGAAUGUCUGCUGCUCUAUACCUCCAAGCUCUUGAUCAAGUGAGGGAUUUCCGGUGGAGGCACUGGUGCUUUACUCGCGAGUACAUCCUCAAGCACACUUCGCACCCUACUGCGACUGGAGGAAGCCCGAUUGUCACAUGGUUGCCAAAUCAACUUACCGCUGUCCUUGAGCAAAUGACAGAGACCGGGCCGCAUUGCGAAGGAGUGAAUGGUGUAAGCGAAAUAAUGGAAAAUGUCAUAACCCAACGGGAGCAGCUAAGAAAGGAGGUUGAGAAGUACUGCAGUGAACGUAAUGUAAAUGGCUCCUGGGAACCGAGACCUCUUGCCAUCGUAUCGCUCCAACGCACUGAACAGCAAUCACCGCCGCCACUCAUCAAUGAUCGCUGCACGGCAUUCCAUGGAACAUUCACCCCUCACACGAAUACCACGAAUAUCACACGUUAUAUUAAUACGGCGAACUUGACGGAAGAUUCGGCAGGGACACCGCUUGAACACACCUUUCACACCACCAUGACCUCACGACAUGCGCCCAAGCAGACGCCGUUAGAGCGGCGCAAGGGAGAAUCCGCAUUGAGUGAUUUUGCCGACUAUGUGCAGAAGCAACAGGCACUGCGACGCCCACCAGGCCAAACCCCCGCCGUCCUCGAAGAUCACGAUGAGCUGAGCAUAUUGGACGAGCUUGGUCUCUCCGACGACACCAAGUCCCAUGUCCGCCUGAAGACGCUUCUGACCGAUCCCGCCGAAGAGAACGUGCCCGCGCUCGCCGAGCAUGUCAAGGAGCGCCUGGCAGAGGGCCAUGGCGAAGUGCUGUUCGACGUUGGACUGGAAGAUAGCGGUGAAUCCAUGGCUUUCACAAAAGAGAACUGGGAUUUUGCAAUGGAGAGGAUAGGCAUAAUCUGCGAGCUGCUCAAGGCCGACUACAAACUUCUGAUGACAAGAAAUGUUGGAGGCCCUGUUGACGUCGGACCUCGCGACGCAAAGGACACAGGAGCCAGUGGAAAGUUGAUCUUGCGGAAACGGCCCGAGAAUGUUGAUGAUGUGAUUGAGACGAGGAUAGCAGUCGUAGGAAAUGUCGAUGCAGGUAAAAGCACUAUGCUGGGUGUGCUUGUCAAGGGUGGGCUCGACGAUGGUCGUGGUAAAGCGCGUGUCAACCUUUUUCGACACAAGCACGAAAUUGAGAGUGGACGAACUAGCUCUGUUGGAAUGGAGAUCAUGGGCUUCGACAGCAAAAGCGAGGUGGUUGUUUCGAAUGUUGCAGGUCGCAAACUUACUUGGGAGGAGAUUGGACGACGUGCUGCCAAAGUCAUCAGUUUUACAGAUCUGGCAGGACACGAGAGAUACUUGCGCACUACCGUAUUUGGCCUGCUGUCUAGUGAGCCCAACUACUGUCUGUUGAUGGUCGCUGCCAACAACGGAUUGGUCGGUAUGAGCAAAGAACAUCUCGGAAUCGCACUCGCACUCAACGUACCUGUAAUGGUCGUCAUAACUAAAAUCGACAUCUGUCCACCGCAGAUUCUUGAGCAGACCGUCACGCAACUCACUAAAAUUUUGAAAUCCCCUGGAGCACGCAAGAUACCCAUCUUCAUCAAGAAUAGAGAAGAAUGCAUCAAUACGGCAACCCAAUUCGUAUCUCGUCGUAUAUGCCCCAUUUUUCAGGUCUCAAAUGUUACAGGCGACAACCUAGACCUUGUCCGCAUGUUCCUCAAUGUGCUCCCACACCAUGGCAACUACGACAGUUCCGCCCCACUCGAAUUUCACGUCAACGACACAUUUUCCGUCCCCUUUGUUGGCACUGUAGUCUCUGGCGUCGUCAAAUCCGGCAUCAUCCACACGGGCGACACCGUCCUCAUCGGCCCUGAUAGUCUCGGUCAAUUCCAAACCACAAAAGUACGCUCCAUCGAACGCAAACGCAUCCAAGUCCCUGGCUGCUCCGCCGGCCAAUCUGCCAGUUUGGCCCUGCGCAACGUCCGCCGCAAAGACGUCCGCAAAGGCAUGGUCGUCCUGCACAAGGCCGACAAGCCCGAUCCCACAACUGGCCUCCUCCCCACCCCCAAAGUCUACCGCGAAUUCGUUGCUGAAGUCCUCAUCCUCUCCCACGCCACCACCAUCAAGGUUAAGUAUCAGGCGAUGCUGCACGUGGGCCCCGUUUCGCAGACUUGCGCAAUCAUCGAUAUCGAUAGGCAGUACAUUCGCACCGGCGAUCGAGCCCAGGUUGCGUUUCGCUUCGUCCAACGCCCGGAGUAUCUGACGGUCGGGGAUCGCAUCUUGUUUCGAGAGGGGCGCACCAAAGGCUUGGGGAUUGUCAAGCGCGUGGGGUAUGAUGCGCAGCACCCGCUGAACCCGGAGCUGGCGCGGGAGCAGGAUAAACGCAAGGAAGAAGAGAGCCAGGGAGAGGGUGCUGCAUCGUGA